AUGCAAAAUAGUGAACCCAUUACCCUCUCGCCGCCUUCCUAUCCCGCCUCACUCGUCCUCCCGACUCACUCGUCCUUGCGCCGUCCGUCCCGACGCCGUCCCGUCGCCCGAAUUGUCGCCUCCAUCGACGUCGCCCUCGCUAUCUCCCGUCGCGGCCCUCCCCUCAGUUCGCGUCGCCACGCUAUCUCUCCCCUCCCCUCCCAUCGCCUUUCCUCUCCCAUCGCCUUUCCUCUCCCGUUGCCCUUCCUCCGUCGCUUUCCUCUCCCUUCGCCUUUCCUCUCCCGUUGCCCUUCCUCUCUCCCGUCGCCCUUCCUCUCUCCUGACGCCUAUUCUCUCUCCCGCCGCCCUUCCUUCCUCCCGUCGCCCUUCCUCUCUCCCGUCGCCCUUUCUUUCUCCCGUCUCCUAUCCUCUCUCCCGUCACCCGUCUUCUCUCCCGUCGCCCCUCCCCUCCCGUCUUCCUCUCUUCCGUCGCCCUUCAUCUCUCCCGGCCCAUCACCCACCUCGGCGUCUUCGCGCUCGCCCCGAAAUGCCUGCCCGUCGCCCCGUCGCCCCGUGAUCGUCGGCCCCUCUCGCUUUUCCCUCGCAGCGUUACUCUCCCCGUCACAUAUGCCCUCGCUUUUUUCGUCGCUCCUCGCGGCACCCUCGUCGCCGCCUUCCCAUCACCCUCGUUGCCCUCUCUCUCCCCCCAUCACCCUUUUUCUCUCGGUUCGUAUCACCCCUCUUAUCACCCUCACACUCUUCCCUCACAUCGUCCGUCACCAUCGCGUCACCCUUUCUCUCUCCCCUCACAUCACCCUCCUUGUCGCCGUCGCCCUCCCUCUCAUUCUCCCUCUCGUUCUUCCCGUCGCCCUAGAUGCAGCCGUCGCAAUUUCCUCUCCCACCCACCAUCACCCACCCCAUCGCCUUCCCGCUCGCCACAAAACGCCUUCCCGUCCCCCACCCACUUUCUCCUCCCAUUGCCUGCCUCGUCGCCUUCGCGCUCGCACUCAACCCCCUCCCGUCGCCCUUCCUCUCUCCCUUCCCAUCACCGACCUCGUCGCCCUCGUGCUCGCUCCGAAAUGCCUUCCCAUCGCCUUUCGUCUCUUCUCCCCAAUCAUUAGUAAUGCCCUCUCCGCGCCCUUCCUCCCUCCCCUCACAAUCUGUCUUUCCUCCCCGCCUCCCGCUCCUCUCUCCCCUUCCAUCUGUCGUUCCUCUCUACCCUCCCAUCCCGUCGUUCCUCCUCUCUACCCUCCCAUCCCGUCUUUCUUCCUCUCUCCCCUCCCAUCCCGUUGUUCCUCCUCUCUUCCCUCCUAUCCCGUCGUUCUUCCUCCCUCCCCUCCCAUCCCGUCGUUCCCCCUCUCUCCCCUUCUCUCCCGUCGGCCCCCUUGUCCCCAGUCCCUUCUCUUCGUCGUCGACCAAUCAACCGUCCCGACACCCUUCAUCUUUUCGUACAUCAUUCAUUUCUUUAUUUCUAUCUUCUUCGCCUGA